UGCUGUCCUCUCCUCUGUCACUCCAACCCUGAGUACUACUUGGGCAUCCUAACUGCUCACACCUAUAGGCAGCAAUGCAUGCCAGCCGGGCUCCUGCCACCAGCCUCACCGCCGAAACCAAUGUCCCGGCCGGACUGCGCCUGGGUCCCAUCCUGGGCAACUUCAAACUGGGGAAGUACCUGUCAGAUCGCAGGGAGCCUGGACUCAAGAAAAAGGUGAGGUUCCUGAGAGGAGAAUUGGUGGAUGAAGCAGGGGGGCCAGCCUCGGAGUGGAUAGGGUUAAUUCGGGCGGCCAGGAAUAGCCAAGAACAAAACUUGGAAGCCAUCUCUGAUGUGCCAGGAGGACAGAUUUUCUACAGAACAAUGAGGGAGAUCCAGGCAGGAGAGGAACUGACAGCUUGGUACUCCAACUCCCUGGCUCAGUGCUUUGAUAUCUCCACUACAGCUACCCCAACACACGACGAGAAAGGAGAAGAAAGAUAUAUUUGCUGGUAUUGCUGGAGGACAUUUAAGUUUCCAAACACAUUAAAGGCUCACAUCCAUUUCCACUGUGCGCUGAAUAACGGCAGAGGGUUUCUCGGGAACGAGCAUGUCAGAAGGUCAGAGAUUUUCAGCGUUUCUCCUAAAACGGCUGAUGGAGUCCCCAAUCCCACCCCACCGCUCAGAGGGAGCAACGGCAGAGACGCCAUUAAGAGGGAAUCCUCCUUAUCCCCAGCUUUAAGCAAGCUUGGGGUCAUCAAGAAGGCACUUGGCAAAGAGGAGCAGGACCGAGCCCUAGACAUGAGCGUGAGCUCUGCCAGGAGCCAUGGACAGUUUCUAGGAGUGGUGGCAAACCCAUGUGGUACCAACGGGGUCACGUUUUAUCCGGGCUUAAGGUCGGCUUUCAAACCAGCUGGACUAUCCAAAUUAGCUCAUGUUGACUCUACUAGAGAAGACACCAAAUCUGGCAACGUGGGCUUCAGUAAACUUUUAGGUGGCAUCAAGCCUGGCCGAACAAGUGAAGGUCUAGUGAGCAAUCACCACUCCAAGUACCUCCACCCAGGUGAUGGCUCCUCAACUGUCUUAUCUUGUAGCACUGGCCUGAGGGGCUUCCCUAUCCUGUCCCACCUGGAGGAAAGCUCAGCCUUCAAACACGUUGAGAGAGGCAUUCAUAACAGCCUGUCACCCAACAGUCGCUACAACCAGAUGGGCCAGCCAGGAUUACACUUCUCAGAACGUUUCUCCAUGCCACAGUUUGAGGGCAUCAAGUCCUACUCGGCGGAAUGUAACAUCCCGGUCAUGCCUUUCACAGUGUACAAUGGGGAACUUCUCUACAGCACACCCUAUUACCCUUUUAAAUUUCAUUUCAGCAACCUGAUCAAGUACCCCGAGUCUUAUUUCAAUGCUGGGCCUGCCAUGAACCCAGAACUUGGUUCUCUGACCACCAGCAUAGAUCGCGAGAUAGCCAUGCACAAUCACCAGCUCUCUGAAAUUGCAGCAGAGAAAAGCAGAGCUGGGCGACUGGAAAGCCUAGCUGGGGCAACAACCCCUGGGACUGGCAAGCCCAAGAAGGGCCACCUAUGUCUGUACUGUGGCAAACUGUACUCUCGUAAAUAUGGCCUAAAGAUCCAUAUGAGGACUCACACUGGCUACAAACCCCUCAAAUGCAAGGUGUGUCUCAGGCCCUUUGGGGACCCCAGUAACCUCAACAAGCACAUUCGCCUUCACGCUGAGGGCAACACACCUUACCGCUGUGAGCACUGUGGCAAGGUGCUGGUAAGAAGAAGGGACCUGGAAAGACACGUCAAAUCAAGGCACCCUGGCCAAAGUUUGACCACCAAGGAAGACCUACACACUGACCCUUCCUAUCCCCAAGCAGACACCAAGAGUGAGGACAAUGACAGUGAUGUGGACGUAUGUUUUACUGAUGAGCAGAGUGACCAAGAGACUGGGGCAAGCAAGGAGCACUGAGCCACUAAUAGCACAACUUUAUAUCAUUAUAUCUAAUUAUAUAAAUAUAUGUAUUAUACGUUUAUAAAGGAUGUAUCUAUUUAUGUGCUUCUACACAGCAAAAUAAUCCUCUGGACUAAAUGACUGGUUAUUGGGAAAGCGGGACUUGUUGAGGACUGUGUUUGGGAGGGUGGAAGACACUACAAGUACUUAUGAAAGGUUUUCCACUCCAUAAGAAGCUGUGAUUCCUAUCUGGUUUACACUUUACAGUGCUAAUGAGCAGGGAGGAGAGGACACAUCCUGGGACAAGGUUCUAGCAAAGGUGCUGACCAGGAUGACUUUGUCCCCCCCUCCUCAGUCCUAUUAUAUAGGGCACUAGUUCCCAACCUCAGUGCUCAAAUACCCCUAUCAGGUACUGUUUUCAGGAUUUUCUUAGUCA